GAAGUAAAUUGGAUUCAAGAGUUGCUGAAAAUUGACCAAACAACACUUGAAAAGAUUACAGUGUUUAUAUAGCUUCAAAAAUGACUUUACAGCCAUUUCUUACAUGGAAUUUGCUGCCAUUUCACCUCAGUUCUGUGCAUAUGGUGCCUGCGGGAUUAAGAUCUAAUGUUGCAAAAAUGUUUGUUGUUGGCUACUCUGAUAUGACUCUACUAUUGUUUUAAGGGAAAGAAAAAGUGGUUCUCUCCUAAGCCCUUCCCAGAAUUGCAGUAGAUGGUCUUAACUGAGUCUAAGCUUCACAAUUACGUUGUUUUUUCCCUCCAUGUCUUUUUUCCAUUUUUAUUGCUACAUUUUCUCCUCUCAGACCAUGUGCUUUUCUCUUGGAAGUUUCAUAAAAACAUAUACAGAGGGUAAGAGAGUGUCCAUCUCUACAGUAACUAUUUAUCCCCUAUGUAGAAGCAUCUCCCUUGGUACAGAGCAUUUAAUCCAUACAGUUCAAGAUGUGAAUUAUCUGUUACCAAGGUUUCUUCUAAAGCAAAUCAGAGACGUUUAAUUAGAAGACAUAACUGGUAAUAUGCUUUUAUUAAUUACUUUUUAAUCAGGACUAAUACCUUUAACAUUACAGUGCCGAAGUUGCCUGAGGGAAAAGAUGGCUAUUGCAAAUCACAUUAAAUAUGUGGAUAUGUCUGUAUCAUGCUAAGUCGUUUAAGAAUUUCAGUAUCACUUUUAUUUUGAAGUAUAGAGAUUGUGUUAUAAAUAAUGCAUACAGAUGCACAAAGGAGUAUGCUUCUAGACAUCGUGCUGCUAUAAUGUCUUUGUGACGCUUCUUUUCCUCUUUUCCUGUGCUACAGGCAUCAAUCAGAACUCACAAUACUGUCUUCAUCCUUGUCAGUGUACUCCUUAGAAAAGGGUAUUAAGCAUCACCUGAGGAUGCUAUCAGAGUGCAGACUGACCUGAGAGCAGUAAAAGAGAGUGGUCUUUGACUUUUAACACGUCACUGGAAAACAAUGUGAAGUUACUUUAGCUUGUGUUUGUGUGUGCAUGCAUGUGCACCAAUGCCACAAUUUAAGAGUAUUCAAGGGUUAGAUAUUACAAUCCCUUUACUUCAUCAGAGAUCUUGACAUUUGAAUAUCCAGCAAUAUAAAUGUCAAUAAUAUUUGUUCAGCUGAUUUUUCAGUACUUUGACUGGACUUUUGCUGUGAAUGCCCAGCGAGAUUUGUUUUACAGGCAGUGUUAUUUUUAAUAUAGGUUUUAUUUUUAUAUUUAGACACAAAUUAAUAGUGAAUCUGAAUUUAUCCUAUUAAAAAUCCAGCUUCUAGUGAUAGCAAUAUACUAAUGUCUGUUGUGAGCAUAGCACUUAGCUGAGCUCAAUGCUCAUUAGUGCUCUAUGCAUUAGUUGUGUAUACCUUUCAGCACUGUCUCAUAAAGACACAGAAUGGCAACUCUAAACGUUUAUUCAUUUGCCAACACGGGUCUAAUGUUAGUACUGACUUCUUUCCUGAUUUGGUCUUCUCCUUAUGAUCUCAGAUCUGUAACUAUUUCAGCUGACACUUGAUAUUAAAACUAUUUGGCAUAAAUGCUCUGACCCGUCUCAGCUCUGUACACAACAGUACCUGUGCCAAACACUCAUUUUACUGACUACAAUGUUUUCCAGGACUUCUAAUUUUCCAAGACCCUGUUCUGAACACACUUCUGCUUCCAUUUUCUCCCUUUUUUUUAAGUGUAAGUGCCAUAUAUAUCUUGGAGCGUAGGUGGCCCAACUGAUCCCUUUGAAGGGAACUAUCAGCAGAAAGGCCAGUGAACUCACUGAACUUUUAGACAUAUUUUAGCAAUUAUCUUGUGGCUUCAGCAGAGGAAAGAAACAUCAAAAAGGCCUGGGAGACACAGAAACUCAGACAUAUUUCCCAAAACGCUGUUGAAGUCCUUGCAGCUGUUUGUGCUGAGGAGAAUCGAAGGCUUUCAUUGCUCGCUCUGGUCCGUGUCAAGCAAAACUCCAUGCAGAUUCUACUGCUGACCUUUCUCGUGCCAAGCAAAACUGUUAAGUAUGCUGAGAGAGAACGUGAUCGCAGCGAAUGCCGCGGUUAAUACUCAGUGGUUAAUGCUCAGCGCCCACCGCUGCGGAUCAGCCCGGCGCUGGCCGCGCUCCGAUCUCAUACCGCUUGUCAUUUGCUUGAAUUGCAGUGACAUCUGGUGGCACGCUGAGCGCUUUCUGUACAGCUGUUCUGCCAUUUAUAGCUCCCAUUUGCUUUCCUUCCCUUUUUAGAAAACCGGUGGGAUGAGUAUUUUAUUUACACGGUGCAGGGUUGCCUGAUGUGAGGCGCGGUUUUCCCACGCGGGGCGAUGCGGGAUCAGGUCACAGGUCUGUAAAUCUGUACUGUGCUCUGACGGUAAUGAAAAUGUUUUUGAAUUAAGCGCUUGAGUGAAUUACAUCGGUUUAUCGAACUCCAUCGUGCUGGCUCGUUUGCAUUACACGCUGACAUCACUGUUCUAAACGAGGGACGGCGGAACAUUAGAGGUGCUCGCAGCGCACUUUGUAAGGCGGGACGUGACAGCGCGCAACGCACGGCUUUCCUCGGAGGGCGCUGCCCUGCCCACACACACGUUUCCCGCCGGCCGAUGCGCUCACAGCCCGGCGCGAGCCGCACAUGCGCGCCAGCGCGCUCUGGCAGCCUGCAGCCAACGAGCGCCGCCCGGCGGAAAGUGCGCAUGCCCGAGGAAGGCGGAAGAGUCUUUCACGGUGAGAGGAAUCCUCCUCCCGCUUACACCUCCGACGACGAUUGACUGCACGGGUCCACCAUCUCGGGCUGUGAUUGGCUGGAAGUCAGUGGGUCUGGGUGUGAUUGGCCGGCGGGAAGUGGCGGUUUUUUUCUCUCGGCGGCGGUGAGGUGAGGGCCGCCAUGUUGGAGGUUCUGCUGCUACUUGGAGCUGGGGGGCGUUCUUUUCUCAGUAUCGAGGCCCUGAGGACGUGCCAGUAACUGCGGGUGUUCGGGUGGUGGAGGUGCCCCUUGUACAUCGAGAAAGAAGCACCUGGAGUGGUGGUUAUAUCGAAUUCUCUGGCUAGACAGGAGAUGAGAGAAUUGUGAGCUCAUCAGUUGCCAAAAUGGCAGCCAGGAGGGAGAUACAGCAGUUUGAAAAGAUAAUUGAUGAAGUUACAAGGAAAAAAAUUUUGAAUUGUUAGAACAAUACCUGGAAAGAGAAGACUGUGAAAAUAUCUCUUACAAAUGCAGCAAACAGUUUGUCAACAAGUUAGACAAGCUUCUGUGUCAGGAACUUGACAAACAAGAAAUCCAAAGUGUUUCAACUUUACUAAAUUCUCUUUGGAAAUGUGGGGAAAAAAUCAGCAUAGCAGGCGACAAUGGACUCCCAGCAAUGAUAAAAUGUGGCCUUAUUGGAAAGAUGGUUAAUUGGUAUGAAAAGUUAAAAGGAAUUUUGAUUCUCAGAGGAAAUGAAAAGAACAAAAUUGUUACAAGUCUGGCUGAAGAUUUCUUCAACAUACUACUGACUGUAUAUGACAGCAGACCUGAAGGUAAAAUGGAAAUGCUAGAAAACUUUGUUUUAAGAACAUGUACCAUCAUAACUGAUACAAGAAUUAAUAUUUAUGUCCAACAAGAGGUAGUAAGAAAACUUAAUUUAAUGCUUGACAGCAUGCCUCGAGAUGCCAGGAAAAAGAUAUUUUCUACAAAGGAGAUGUUGCGUGUCGUGAGUGACAUGGGUAGGAGAAUUUUGGAUGCUGGAGACUAUGACCUGCAAGUAGCCAUCACAGAAGCUCUAUGCAGAAUGAUACCAGAGAAACAAAGAAGAGAACUGGCAUGCCAAUGGUUUUCCAUGGAGUUUGUGUCCAAUGCAUUUAAAGGAAUUAAAGAUUCUGAGUUUGAAACAGAUUGCAGAAAAUUUCUUAACCAGGUGAAUGGCAUGCUUGGAGAUAAAAGAAGGGUUUUUACAUAUCCAUGUUUAUCAGCAGCUCUUGAUAAAUAUGAGCUACAGCUCCCAUUGGAUGAAAAUCUUGAAGAAUUUUGGAUUGAUUUCAAUAUCGGUAGUAGAAGUAUAUCUUUCUACGUGGCAGCAGAUAAUGCAGAUCAGCAAUGGGAAACAGUCAUUAUACCAGAGGAAGAGGUAGACCUAUACAACCUUGAAGAGAAAGAUUCAAAGAAAUUAUUAACAAUAGAUCUAAAAAGCCCAAUGAAUGUGGGUAAUCAAGAAGGAGAGAAAUUUUUUUUAUAUUUUGAUUCUAUCUUGGAAAUCGAAGAUGUAGCCAGAAAGAUUUAUGGGUUAAAUAAAUGUAAGGAAUUUAGUAAGAAGCAGUCUAUGUCAGUUGCUAAAACAACAGUGCAUAUCAUCUUUGAUGAAAGUGGAUCACAGGUUCUGGUGCCAGAAAGUCAGUUGUCACCAUGUUUGGAAGAAAAAUAUGAAGAUGACAAAUUCAGUAAGUCCAAAGCACAGCAACUUCCUGGAAGUCAGAGGUCUUUGAAUAAAAACAACCAAGAUAAAUGCAAAGAUGGUUCCUACAAGAUCACCACAUCUUGUAAAAGGAAAGUGUCUGAAGCAUCAGUGCUUAUUCCUGCAACUGCAAGAUUUUCCACACGGAGUCCACUGGUAUUUCUUAGUACGUGUAAGUUUACAGCCACUCCUUCUAAAGAACGAUGUAAGUUACCUUUGAAAAUGAUGAGCUCUGUUGAAAGAUCUAACAGUAAUGCAGUAAAUGGAACCAGAACUAAAAAUUUAUAUCAGGAGCUUACUGAAAAUGGGCAAAUAUGUACAUCAGAUAAUGAAUUUUGUGAAACAGAGCAGAAUACCAGGAAAUCAAAAAUCAGAGAAGAGGCAGAACUACCAGAAAAGCACACACUCCCUACAGUAGAAGUUUUAAAAUUUUUACCAGAAGCAGAAAAUGGAACCACUGAAAAGCAAACUUUAGACGAUGCAUUAGAUAUUGUUCCUGACUCCCAGCGAGCAGGGAGAAGCAACAAACAUCUACUGCCUGGUCAUUUGAAAAGUUCUUCUGAUAAGAAAAGAACGAGGAAAAAAAGAAUGUGUUCUGUCCCUGAGAAAAAUAUAGCAACUUGCGACAGACAAAAGCUAGAUCUGUCAUUGGAACAAGCAUCUCACACAGCUCCCAUUCCUAGUGAAAGAGCUGUGAAACAUAAAGCUCUUUGUUCAGUUUUUGGAAGUGCUUCUCCAGAUAAACAAAUAAAUAAAAGAAAACAACCAAAAAAUGGAACUGAAAUCAGAAAGGAAGAAAACUGCAAAGUACUGAGUGUGCCGGAAACAUCUUUGCAUUCUGAUUUUACAAAACACAACAAUACUAAAGAGGAAGCUGAUGUUCUCUCAAGAAAGGAGACUGCAGAUCAUGAAAAGUCAAAAAUGAAAAUAAAAUCUAAAGAAAUCACAGAUGCAACAAAAUCACUAAUUAGUAAAAUCAGUGACAGAUAUAAAGAUGAGAAGAGCAAAACAAGAGACUCUUUGGUUUUCAACAGAUUGUGUCCAAAUAAAUCCUGUUUCACUGUCAGUAAGGAAAAUAUUCAGAAUAGAAAUUUGAAAACUACUACUAGUCUUGAUACGGCUGCUGAUCAUAGUGUGUAUGAUGUCUACAACUUCAACGUCAGUGUGUUUAACGAGCCUACAAUAAAAGUUGGAAUCCAAGACUGCUGUGUUACGGAAGCAAACACUCAUACAGAUCCAAACAAAAAAGAGAACCCAGGUGAAAGUAAAACUAGCUCUGAAAUGAACGCAGGAAAAAAAAUGAGAUACAAUCAAAGCAAAAAGCAUCUUUUCAGUGAUACAGACACAGAAUAUAGAGGAGAUGACAGCAAGACAGACAUCAGCUGGCUACAAAAAUCCAAAGCACCAUCUAAGCCACAGAUAAUUGAUUACAGUAGAGAUAAAAACUUAGGGAAAUCAAAAAGAAAAGGCAAAAAUAAGUUCUCUGAACUCCCUUGCUGGAUGGAUACGCCCAAAGGCAAAACAGCGAAAAAGAAAAAGCUAACUGAAUGUAAAAAACAAAGUUCAGUAAUUGAUGAAAUGAUGGAACAAACCACCAGACCAAAACGACCUCAAAGAGCAGUGCAACCAAAAAAUUACAAAGAUCCUUCCAGUUCAGAGUCGGGAAGUGAAUUUUCAGCAUGUACCUAUAAGAGGGAAAAAUCAAAAGUACAGAAAUGUGUGAAUGAGAAAAACAAAGAUGGUAAUCAUCAGAAGGAUCUCCAGAAUUUGGUGGAACCAAGGACAGUAGCAAACUGUGUAAAUAAAGCAUUUAUUAAAUCAAAGAACUCUACAGAACAAAAGGAAAUUGAAAUGUCUUCACCUGAGAGUCUUGCAUCUCGAGAGACAAUGCGAUGUGCUGAGAGAAUAUCAGAGGGAUGCGUUACUCAAGACCAUACUUCUACUGAGGGGUCACCUGGUCUUCAGAAGUCAACACCAGAAAAAAAUGAAACAGUAAACUUUGAGGAAGGAAUCUCUCCAAAUAAUCUCUGUCUACAAAAGAAGAAUACUCAAAAUAUGCAUCUAAACCAGUCUCCUGAAAUGACUGUUAAAAAGUUAAUAUUUGAAAAGAAAAGUUUUUCACCAGUUCUACCUGCUUCAUAUUUGCUCAACUCAACUUCAGUAACCCCACAUAAAGCAUACUGUGGAAAAAACCCAGAGGGAUCUGUGUCUGAAACAUGUGAUGCUGAUGAAAAUUUAAGUUUUAGACAUGGCUUUUCAGACAAACUUUCUAUUGAAGGAAAACAAGACAUUACUAAACCUGUCAUAAAAAAGAAAGGAGAGGAAUUAUCUCCAGUAUCUGUGUCCAGUGGAAGUGAAGUACAAUCUUGGAGUCAAGAACCUUAUGGCCCUACACAUGAGUCAGGGCCGACUUCACAUGUAUUUCUCAAACGAAAGUAUCAGCGUGAUACAGAAAGCCAUUCUAAUGAAGUAGAAACAAGCAAAGAGGAGGAAAAGAAAAGAAGCAGAAGAAUAAAGUUACAGCCUAGGAAGUUAUUUAAAACAGAUGAAGCUGUUACUUACGGAGCGUAUGAAAAUUUGUCCACUUUAUCUGUAAGUGAUCCAGCUGCUUUGGAUGUGGACAUCUGGGAACCUGGUUGUUCAACUAUCGAUAUAUGUCAGAAGCUCCGAAAAGAAUAUACUAAGAAAAUUGAGAGCCGUUCACGGAAAAUGGAGCAUUUUGCAAAGCAAUCAUUAAGAGCUGCCAACCAGCAUUUGACAACAAUGAAUCAACAGCUUCUUGAAUGCAGGCUCAAGCAGCUGGACAGAUUUCAUAUUGUUAUUCUUCAGGAAAUUGAGAAUUUUGAGAAAGAUUCUCAGUCCCUGAAUAACAUGGAGAAAGAAUUACAGACUUUUUGGAAAAAACAUAAGCAUACUUUAAGUACGUUCAUGAAAAAUGAGCAACAGAGGCUGCAGAUCCUUAAAACAUCCUUUGAGAAGAGCAUCCACCAUUGUGUUGACUAUGAAGAAAAUAUUUUUACUUCAGAGGUGCAUCUGAUGAAAGAAGACAUGAAAGGACUCCAAGAGAAAUUUCUUAAAGAAAUGCAAGAAGAGGAACUGAUUAAUGUUCGCAGAGGAUUGCAGACAUUAUUUCUAGCAGAAGAUGGAAAAUUCUGAAGUAGUACUUCCAUGUACUUUCCUGAAAUUCAAGCUCAAUAUACUCAUUUUUUAAUAUAAAAUUUGACUUUUUUUUUACUUAAGGAAACUAUUGUAAUGAAAGCAUAUUUUCCUUAAUAAAAUUGAAGUCUUUUUACUCCGACUUCUCUAUGAGACUUAUCCCAUUAUUAGAAAAAUUUGGGAUUUUACUGAAUCUACUAAAACACAAUACAUAAUUUUUUUUAUUUUAUUUUUUAGCUAAUGCUGGUUCUGAGGAAGUCUUUAAUAACAUUUUUCAUAGGUUAUUUAACUGAAUUUUUAGAGAAAUCGCUUCAAAUUUCACUUCAAAUCUAUCUCUUGGGUCGUUGUGUACAGAAUACCACUUUUCAUCUUUUUUUUGAUCCAGACUACAAUAAGAAAUUAUUUAAAGAUCCAGUCUCAUGUGCUAAUUUAAUGCUAUUCAUUUGUGGCAUUAUACUUCAGUAAGAGUUUCUAACAGAAAACAACUGUAAAAUUUUAUGGUUGAACUAUAUUGCAAAUAUUUAUAUUAAAUAUUUCAUGAAAAAUGCAGUGUGUGUCUUGUUUUUACUUCAUUUCCAGAGAGAAAAAUGACACGAUUCAAAAUUCAGUGUUAAGGUAAAAGUUAAAGUAGAAAACUCUUUGACAGUUCACCAAAGAAAAUGAGAAAUCUUACUGAUUUCUAAAUUCCCUGUGGUAACUAAUACAAGACAGUCUUUAUUUCUAAGGAUUAAGGAAAGUCCAUAGUCAUAUAUAGUAGCUUCAACUCAGCAAUUUUGAAAGUUAGCCUUACUCGCCUUGAGCAAGGGAUUUGACUCCGUGACCUUCAGAAAGGUUCUUCCCAGCUUAAAUUAAUCUAUGACCUUACAUGAAAAUGUUUACUUUUAUCUUUAUUAAAAAUACCCUCUUUAUAAAGCAACUUCUUAGAUCAGAAAUGGCUGUGAGACAUUUCCAUGCUACAUGCACUGAGAGUAGAAUGGCCAGUUUAGUGCUCUGACACCAUGGAGUGGAAGUAGCUUAUUGUGAACAUAUAGUUUUAAAUGAAAAAUAUUUCUUAUAAAUUAAACUUUAAACAUAUGAGUCUGUAUUCUGCCAGGGAAGAAUUGAAAUAGAAAAUAAUUUAGUCUAUUCAUUCCAUCUAUGUAACUACAGUGCACACUUCUAAUUUUUGACCUUCUUUUUUUUUAAGCCUGCAAUCAUUGCCAUCCCCACUAGAUGGACCUCAUGAGAUGCAGAAUUUUUUACUGAGCAGUGUUUUAAGUAUUUUCUCUUAAAUAUACGGUGUUUUUAGAAUUACACCUUACAGCCCAAAUUAUUUUUUUUUACACUGCACACAAAUUGGAGAAAAUAAUGUUAUUUUUAGUAAGAACCUCGGUUGAAAUAGAAGUAUGAAAUUGUACUACCCAUCUUCUAGUCUUUACUGAACCCCAUUAACUUCUAAAAACAUUGAGCAAAUACAAUCAAAUUCAACAAAGGUACAAAUAUAAAGCAUCAUGAUGAAGUAUUCACAAAAGCACUACUUGUCUUUUAGUCUGUGGCUUGGAAAAUCCAAGGUCAUUCAAAGCAGACAACUAAAAUGACAGAAACUGUGUGCUGGAGGACUGUUUCUUUUUUAAUUUGGGUAAAGAUCAGCACAGGGAAAGUGGCCUCCUUGGGCUAAGCAUACCUUCAGAGAAGAGCAUCUUAAGUUCUAACAGAAGCAAAUGCACUAUAGUGCAUGCAGCCUCCAAACAACUUGCUACAUUUGCCCAUCAGUAGACUAGAGUGACAUUGGUCAGCUGACAGUGAUGUGUGUGGCUCUGAAGUAGUCAUGAUUUUAUGUCUCUUACCAGAGCGAAGCAGAAAGAAGGUUAGGAUGCUUGUGAUGGAUGGACAGCUGAGGGUGUGGGGAAGAACCUUGAGCAUGUUGCUGCAUAACUACAAGAUAGCUAAGUAGUAAUAAGUAGGAAUUAGUAAUACAGCUCAUAGGCACUGUUUGGAAUUUAAAAAAAAAAAAAACAAAAAAACCUAAGAUACCCUUAAAAUAUUUACUGUAUUUUUUAGGCAUCCUUUGAAUGUAUGUUACACGUUGUUAUCAGUGAAGGUCUGCGCUGUCUGCACCGGUGCUAAACAGGCAUGUCACUUUCAUGGACUGUUGGUUAAGUCUGUAGUUAACAGUUCCUAAGCUAAACGAUGUGGUUCUGCCUAUGAAACACUUCACACCUUCCUUCUUACCCUUUUUUGUACAUUACUCCUGGAAUAUAACUAGCAAUAAAUACUGCAUUAAUAAAAAAUUGUUGAUAAAUAUAAUGAACAGUAUGUUAAAAGGUCAUUUACAUAUUUCUG